AUGGGCUUUUUCUUAGUUUUCUUCCCAGAAGACCAACAAAAAAAUUUCCCUUCCUCAUCCCCAACACUUAACUCAAUCCUUAAACGCAACCACUUAUUCACCAGAGCUCAAUCCACCAUCUCCGUUUGUGCUCUCUUGAUCUUCGUUACCCUCAUCGUCUUCACUCUCUCAUCCUUCGAACCCAACAACGACUUCAUCAAAUCCCAUCAUCAUUACCGACGCUUUCUGUCGCAAAACCCCCAUGCUUUUCCCGCCAAUUCCGGCAAAAAGUCGCCGGCGUUACAGGGGUUGGGUACUCUGUAUACGCGUGGAACUAACGCCGUUAAAAAUCUCGUCAUUUGUCACGUGCCGGAGCAUGUGACUGCAAAAGAGCUUAAGUUGUUCUUGAGAGGCUUUUAUUGGUCCUCGGGUUUGGUUUCGGAUUCGGAUCUUUUGUUUAUAUUCGACUCGCUUUCCACAAUUGAGAUGUACGAUCAAGUGAUUCGUGAAGAAAGUGAUGUGUUUUUAAAACUUGUUGACCGGUUCUCACCGGAAUUUGGUAAUCGGAGUAAAGUCAACGACUUUCCGGCGAAAGUUGACUUGAAAACCGGCAAGAAUGUGGAAAAAGGAGAACCCAUUUGGGGGAGGAAAAUAAAGAUAAAUAAUAAUGAUAAUAAUAAUUCGAGUUUGAACAAUGUGGGUGAAGCUGAGUUGACUCAGACCGAGUUGACUCGGGCGAGUUACGGGUCGGUUGUGGGUUUUGGGAUUGGGGAGUUGGACCCCGAGAAUUCGUUAUCCGGGUUUUUAGACCGGGUGCCGAUUGGUUUGAGACGAUGGGCGGGUUACCCGAUGAUUUUGGGUCGGGUUAGGAGGAAGUUUAAGCGCGUAAUGGUUGUUGACGUUAAGGACAUUUUACUACUAGGAGACCCACUCGGGGGAAUGAAGAGCCAUUCUCAUUCCCCCGAGUCAGUUUUCCUGUACUCCACAGCCAAUGGGAAGCACGGGCGAAAAAACAAAAAUUCCCAUAUGAAAGUGAUUAGCCCAUCGCUGAUAAUUGGCGGGGAACGCGGUGUUAGGCGGUUAUCCGCCGCAAUGCUGACGGAGAUCGUCCGAACAACUACGCGUUCACGCCAUAAGCCGAGUUCGCUCACCGAGUCGGCUCUUCUGAGUCAACUCGUGGCAAAUGAGUUUUUACAGAAAAGCAUACGUUUCGUAACAUCAGCUGAGUCAAUACCGGAUCCGAGUUCACUCAGUGGAGUGGCAUUAUCAAAUAUGACAGUUGUACGGCGUGGAAAUAGCAAUUUAGAUAUUGAUGAAGUUGUUAUGAAGCAUAUUUGUUCAUUUCCAAGAGACUCAUCAGUCUACACAGAAUGUUGA